GCUGCACGAAGCCGGGGAACUUAAAGGCGGGAUGCUGCUGAGCCGCCGCGGGUUGGAGGAGGUCGGCAGGAAGGCGGCCAGGCGGCUCUUCCGGGCCGGAGGGGCGGCCAGGUAUAAAGUAAUGAAGAAUUGGGGAGUGAUUGGUGGGAUUGCAGCUGCUCUUGCUGCAAGCAUCUAUGUCUUAUGGGGCCCCAUCACAGAGAGAAAAAAACGCAGGAAAGGGCUAGUGCCAGGUCUUCUCAACCUGGGAAACACAUGCUUCAUGAACUCACUUCUCCAGGGCCUGUCUGCUUGUCCGUCCUUCAUCAAGUGGCUGGAAGGAUUCACAGUUCAGUACCAGGUCAGCCAGAGUGAGACGUCUGGGAAGCAUCAGUAUUUGUCCCUGACCUUGCUCCACCUCCUGAAAGCUUUAUCCUGCCAAGAGGUGACCGAAGAUGACUUCCUGGAUGCAAGCUGCUUGUUGGAGGUCCUGAGGAUGUACAGGUGGCAGAUCUCCUCUUUCGAAGAGCAGGAUGCUCAUGAGCUGUUCCAUGUCCUCACCUCCUCGCUGGAAGACGAAUGGGACCGUCAGCCGCGGGUCGUGCAUCUGUUUGAUGUGCAUUCGCUGGAGAAGCCAGAAAUUCCACAAAAGCAAAUAUGCUCCAGGACAAGAGGGCCUCCUCCUCCUGUGUUGAGUCACUGGAAGCUGCAGCAUCCUUUUCAUGGCAGGUUAACGAGCAACAUGGUCUGCAAGCAUUGCAAACACCAGAGUCCCCUCAGAUAUGACACUUUUGACAGCCUUUCCCUGAGCAUCCCUGCCACCAUGUGGGGCCACCCACUGACCCUGGACCAGUGCCUCCACCACUUCAUCUCCACCGAGUCAGUCAAGGACGUCUUGUGUGACAAUUGCACAAAAAUUCAGGCCGAAGGGACUGGGCAAAUCAUGGAGAAUCAGAGAACAACAUUUGUCAAACAGCUAAAACUGGGGAAGCUCCCGCAGUGUCUCUGCAUCCACCUGCAAAGGCUGAGCUGGUCCAACCAUGGCAUGCCCCUGAAACGAAACGAGCAUGUGCAGUUCAGCGAGUUCCUCAUCAUGGACGUCUACAAGCACCACUUCCCUGCCCAGAAACCCAACCCUGCAGGCAGCCCACAGGCAUCACCGAACCCAAAAGCCGAUGUGGAACAGGCGGGCAACAACAAAUCCUCUUUUAUGAAUGGUACCUGCUCUCCAUCCUUCCUUACAUCACCAGUAGCUUUCCCAUACUUGACAGCACCUGACUGUAGUUCUCCAUCAUAUCUGUACCGCCUGAUGGCCGUUGUGGUCCACCAUGGAGACAUGCACUCAGGACACUUUGUCACGUAUCGCCGAUCUCCACCGUCUUGCAAAAGCAUGCUGGCCACCAGCAACCAGUGGCUGUGGAUUUCAGAUGAUGUGGUGCACAAGACCACGUUGCAGGAAGUCCUUUCGUCCAGUGCCUAUUUACUCUUUUACGAACGUGUCCACUCUAGGCUGCAGCGCCAAAGCCAGGAGCAUCGAGCUGAGGAGUGAAAUGAAUGGCUGGGCAAGUGCAGAUCCAGCUGGUGAGCUUUUCUGAGGACAAUGGCACACCCUCUGUCUUGCCAUGCAAACGUCUUCCCCUACCUAUAAACCCCUGGUCAGUGGUCUGUGUUUGCGUGGCAGGAACAAGCACUUUGUAUCAAAACGGUAUUGUGCACUCCCCUCACCCCCUGUGGCUAUGCACAGCAGCAUUACAAAAGUGUUUUUUAAGUGUUAAUAAUCUUCUCAGCAGACAGACUUAAAGACCUUCUAGCAUCCCACUUCCUGUGUUGUGAUGGAAUUUCUUACCGUUAAUCUCUCACCUUUUGCAACAGGCUCAGAUAGAUGAAGAAGAAAAGAGAACCUACAAGUGCCUUGAUUGUAUUUUUAAUCCAGACAAGACUGGCUGUGUCAAGUGGGGGGGACAGGUGGUCUCUUAACACGUGGCUGUUUACCUAAAUCCCAAGGGGGAGCAGGCAGUGGUGUGAGAAUCCGUGACUUGGCUGUGUAGCUGGGAAUCUACUGCUGACUCAUGUGGCAGUUUCGAGUAUGUGUGUGCAAGAGAAAAGCAGAAAGUCCAGUUUCUGCCUUCAGUGCUGUUUUAAUGACUUUGUCAAAACGAUGAUGCAACGAGCUGAUAAUUAUGUCACAUUUUCUCUUAAGAGUCCAGCUUGGCAAGGAAUGGAACAGCUUUUCCUGUUUCUGGGUGGUUCUAUCACCAUCCCAGGAAAAACCCUCCUCUGUGUCUUGAUUUGAAGUCUUCAAACUUUUGUACAUAAUAAACCUGUUUCCGCCAAAUGUA